GUAUUAAUUUUGCGCGUCGCUGUCUGAUUACGUCAUUGUCUUGUGGAAGCGGUAGUGGCGCAUGCGGUGUUAUUUGAGCUACAGUAAAAAAGUUUAGCUUUGCUGGACACCUGCGCUGCGUUUUCACGUUUAUUCCACGCCAUGUCAUCUCUUCUGAAGGUCGAUCGCGAGAUGAAAACCAAGGUGGAAGCAUUCAGGGAGCAGAUCAGCAGUGAGGCCGAGCACCUGGUCGCCAGCUUUUUCCCUCGAAAGCUUCUGCAGUUGGAUAACUUUCUAAAGGAGCCGAUUCUCAACGUGAUUGACCUGAAAGAAAUCCAUUCAGAGAUCAAGUUCAAAGUCCCAGACCCGAUUCUCUUCAAUAACAGCCAUGAUGGUGUGGACAUGAAUACUAAAAAGAGGAAACUAGAAGAUGGAGUCACUGUUGAGAGCUGGCAAGGGGGAACCAAAACCCUGGUGAUGCCAGAGGGGAUGCUGAAAUGUAACACCAAACUGGUAGACCUGAUUGAGCGAGUCAAACCAGAGAUCAGGACUCUGAUUGAGAAGUGUAACACAGUUAAGAUGUGGGUCCAGCUACUCAUCCCCAGAAUAGAAGAUGGAAACAACUUUGGAGUCUCCAUACAGGAAGAGACUGUGGCAGAACUGAGGACGGUGGAGUCAGAGGCCGCAUCUUACCUGGACCAGAUCUCCAGAUACUACAUGACAAGAGCCAAGCUUGUCUCCAAAAUUGUCAAGUACCCUCACGUGGAGGACUACAGGAGGACCAUAUCAGAGAUUGAUGAGAAAGAGUACAUCAGUUUGAAAAUCAUUGUUUCAGAACUCAGGAAUCAAUACGUGAUUCUUCAUGAUAUGAUCCUGAAGAACAUUGAGAAGAUCAAGAAACCAAGAAACUGCAACUCUGAAGCUCUUUACUGACAACCCCCCCCCAGCACAUACACACACACACACACACACACACACACACACACACACACACACACACACACAAAACAUGAGCUCAGUCAGGCAGUACUGACCAAUAAUUCUAGCUUUUGUUUUGGGAGUACCUGACGGUUUUGGCUUUGACAACCCCAGGACAAUUAUGGCGUAUCGAAUAAGAUGCUGCCUUUGGACUGAUAGUGUGCUGAUAUUCAGUCUUAAAAAGUGCUGCUUUCUAUUCUAUAUUUAAAACCCUCAGCUGUUUGGGUCCAUAGUGAGCUAGAGGAAGCUUUAAAAAUGCAUUUAAAAAAAAUGUGACCCAACAUCACACACAUAUAUUACAGCUGUUGUGGGAUCCUCCAUCUUUGAUUUAGGCCCUAUUCUGCAGUCACUGCCAUGCUUUCUAGCACGUAACCUUCAGUUUUGGCCAUCCAGUACUCUGGAAUGUGACCAUGGAUUCUUUUUUCCCCCUAAGUAUCUCGACUGCACGCUGCUAAUACAAAGACCGCCCACAUGGUCUGCCUCCCAUCUGUUCCGCUGGGACUAAAGCUCGGAGGUUACCCCUGGUUUCUCUUCCUGUCUUGUCUAGGUUAUCUGGAGUUCUGCUCUUGUGGACGCUGUGUCUCUCCCAGGAAUAUUAUCAUCUGUUUUUUAUUGGUUUUCUUUUUUUGCUCCAUGUUGCCUGACCCACCUAGAGAAGGUUUUCCUUUAGUUUUUUUAGUCUCUGGAACAUUCUAGGUACACCACUGUCCUGAAAAAAAUAUGGAAUGUAAAACUCAAACUCCACACAGUCCUCCCCCGGUUGGCCUCAAACUGUCAAGGGACCCUCUUCUCUAAAUACAGUGCAGACCCGUUUCCUCAGUGCUUCAGAAAACAGCUGCAGUUCUUCAGCUUUAGUGUUGCAAUUAUCCUGACAUCCAGAGAUUUGAUUGCACAUAACUCGAUUCUCGCUCUUCACAUGAAGAAUAUUCUUUAUUUCUCCCUCUGCCUACAAACUGCUUUUUCUGUCUUAAGUUGUUCUUGUUGUAUAUUUGUGUCAUAGUGACACUAGAAGAUGUUAUUGCAUCCCAAGAAAAAAAAUCUGUUUGCCUGCCUUCCUGUUACAGGGAGGCAUAUUGCAGAACAUGUGGUGCUGUUAACACAUCUGUUAACUCUGUAGCACACUGCUGUCUGUCAGUAAGGACCUGUCAGAAAGGGUUGGAUUCAAAAGUCGAAAAAGAAAACUACCUGGAUGUGUGUUCUUCUACACGACAUAAUGCACAUUCAAUAAUGUGCCUCCAUGUAUAUGUCUCUUGCGAUCAAGCAGGCUUGAACUGGAACUCGAAACGAUUUGUCAACUGUCAAACGCAACUAGAGUGUCCGUGGUUUCAUACAGCGGUUAUUGUUGUUUUUAACGGCCCUGCCCCAAACGGGUGUUUGCACUUAAAGAAAUGCAAUCUGAAAUCUUCAAUUUUCAGAUUUCUUGUGCUGUUAUAAUGUUGUUUUGUAUUUUGUUCACCUCACGAUAUGAAAUUGAAGCCUGGUGCUUUAAAAAAAAAACUUUUGCAACUUGACAGCACUAUGGAAGUGCAUCCAAUUUGGUUUUUUAUUUUAGGUUUUUAAGCUAACAAAGUGAUAAAGGAACAGACCUCUCUGUAUGCAUGUAUGCAGGUAAGGACUGUUACUUUGUAAAAAACAAAUCUAGUUUGAACAAAUUCAAACUAACUCGUAAUACCUUUGAAUAAAUUGGAAUCCAACCCAUGUAGCCUUUUUUUAAAUAAACCGUGGCUGCAGUCACACCAGAUUUCACUCUCCGUUUGUUUCUAUGAGGUACAGGGAGAGGU